ACCAUAUACGUCGGCCAAACUUCCAUCGUGGUCUUAUUCGCCAGGUAGCGCCAGAUUACGCAGUCAGCCCAGCUGCUGUCGUGGGACGGGGAAUACCGAAGUCGGCGCUGUGCUUGGCUGGCCAAAUCCCAUGCUGUUGGCGACGUCGCGGCUUGGCUUUAGGGGAGAGCCUGGAGCUGGCGAGAAAGACGGCCCAGCCUCGUCGUGGUGUUUGACCCUGCCUCCUAGGUGCUUUUGGUGUACAUACCUACGUACUUUGGCAUUCAGGAGGUAGGAUCUGCAAGCUUCGGGUCGGGUAUAUUGUUAUGCCCUCUCGUCUGUUAUGCGGGCACUACCCGGCUUCUUCCAUGGCCCGUCGACGGUUGUAGUGGCUUUGCUGAGAGUUGGGCUCUCACUACUCGGCGUCGAUAGUUUCGAUAGGGGCCACACGGCUAUUAAGAUGUACAGGUCCCAAGCAGGUACCUUGGUUAAAUACCAAGGACCAGAAACACGGAAAGAGUUUCUUGUCUGUAAUGUACUUAUGGACAGAUGUCAAGCUGCGUCAAUGAUAUACCAUUUCCCCAUAACCCUACCGUACAUCCAGUCCGCCACGAGGCUGCGGGACUUCUGUUCCCAUGACAGAGUCAACUACAUUGUGUCUAGUCGACGGCUGGGUCGCGGCACCGUAAGCUGUACCUACAAGGACAUUUCCAUGUCAAUACCCCGGUAUACAAGCAGAGACACUGUUAUCGUGCAAGCACGUAGCCUAGCCGAUGUCUUGUUAUGCUUGCUUCAUACCCCUGUGGUGGCCAAGGGAAAAAACAAAGAAAAGAUAAACAGUUCGACCACGAAUGGCCAUGUUCCUCGUAGCACUAAAGCAAAACACGCCCCCCUCCCUCCUCUCGCUAUCGCGAAUACAUACGCUACUACUAGGCAUCUUUAUAGUAACGUCACCGCGCCUUCGCGCCAACUUACACAGUUUCCAGAAAGGACAAAAAGGCUUGCCACACACACGCACUCUCUCUCUCUCUCUCUUUCUCUCUCUCUCUCUCUCUCUCUCUCCUAUUAUGGCAUGUAACCAAGUAAGUAUUAAAUACACACCAAAGGAUACCUCAGGUACCUAUUCAAGCAGGUAAGGAUAGGGAAUGAUAACUCGUCACAUAAACACACACAUAUAUAGGUACAGACAGACAUACGGACACAGAAAGAAAGAACGGGGUGAGGAGGGGAGGGGAAAGAGGGAUUUUACCGUAAACUGAACUAAACUGAACUAGAGCAUGCAUCCGUAUCCAAAACAUGC